AUCACCAGCAGCAAGACCCCCCCCCGCUUUGCCACUGUCUCUCACUCCUCCCAGCGAUCUUUCGCACCCACUUCAUUCUUUCGCUUCCAGCUUGAUCUUGCGGGAUGUCGUCAGCCACCGAUCCCAAAAAGCCCGAUGGCGAUUCCUCGGCCCCAGUCCCGGCCGAAUCGGCAAAGUCCAGCGGCCCCACCGACCAAGAGAAAUGGGAGUUUUACUCAGCCCAGUUCAUGGCCAUCCUGCUCGUCAUCCUCGUCGUCGUCGGCAAGGGUUUCAUCUCCUCGGGCGCCCAGCUGCCGGCUCUCUGCCGGUUCAUCGCCCUCCAGUGCCCGCCCUCGAUCCAGAAGCCGGUCAUCUAUGGCGGAGCCCUCCAGGGCUAUCAGGAGGUCGGCCAGGCCUUUGGCAUGACCUUCAAGAGCGGAGAAGAGCUGGGUGCCAGCUUUGCCGCCUUUGUCGGCGCAACCAUGGUCAUUCACGUCUGGAGCGGCCACCAGAACCGAUCGUACAAAGACGUCUUCACCAACUCCACCCUGGCUCCGCUCCAGAGCACCAGCCACAUCGCUACCAACCUCAUCGUCGCCCGCUUGGUUGACCAGGGCCUCCUGGACUUUGACGAGCGAAUCUCGGCCUACUGGCCCGAGUUUGCUCGCGGCAACAAGGAACAUGUUCUGCUGAAGGAUUUGAUGAGCCACCGUGCAGGCGUCGCCUUCUGGGAUCGCGAGCACGCUCUCAACUACGAAGACAACCUGCUCGAUUCCGACACUGUGGCCGCCCGGAUCGCGGGACAGCCCCACAACUUUGACGGCGAGCCGGUGGUGGCCUUCCAUGGAGUCACUCGCGACUACUACCUCAACGAAAUCGUCAAGCGAGUUCAUCCCAAGAACUACGAUCUGCGCCAGAUCAUGGACGAGGAAAUCAAUCCCCUCUUGCGCUCCCACUUCCAAUACGGCACCGAUCCCACUGGUUCCGUCAAGGACACCAAGAUCGCCACCCUGCAUGGCUAUCCUGCCGACCGUGCCACCGUGGCCUCGUUCUUCCCGCGGGUCAUUGGUGACUUUGUCCUGGACGAACCUAUGUCCCGCGCCGUCGGCAGCAUCCGCAAAAACACUUCCUCGGUCGCCUACAAGGCCCUCGUCGAAAGCUUGCCCACCAAGGCCGAUGCCGACCGGUCGCUCCCGGCUGUUUGGAACCAAGGCAGUGUCAACUGGAACAGCCACGUGAGCGGGUUUGCCGAGGCUCGCACGCUGUCGAUCUUUGGCGCCGUCAUGGCCAACAACGGCACGAUCGGUGUUAUCAAGUUUAUCAGCGCCGAGACCUUCUCGAAGUUGAUUGAGCUCCAGGAGAUCCAAAACGACGCCGUGCUCCAGCUGCCCGGUCGCCAGCUCGGCUACGUCGCCGGCGGCUUUGCCGUGACCAAGAAGUGGGUGGUUGAAGGCGAGCGAUGGUACGGCAACUUUGACUUGACGGGCACAUGCGUCUUCUGGAACCCGGAGCUGCGGCUGUCGUUCUCGUUCGUGACCAACUCGAUGCGCCUGGGCAACAUCGGCUUUGGCGACAAGCGCAUCCGCAAGAUCAUCCGGUCCUUUUCCGAGGCCGCUCGCGUCGAGACUGAGAAGUGGGCCAAGAAGAAGGCCGAGGAGGAUGAGCUCCUGGAGAAGGCGCGCCAACUCAACCGCGAGCAGAAGAAGAAAAACAAGAGCAAGAACAAGAACAAGAAGAAGGGGAAGAAGGUCCAGGCUGAGCAGGGCGAUGAAACUGCUGCUGCUGAUGCUACUGCUGUUGAUGCUGACGAGAGUGAUGCCGUCGCCGCCGAGAUCGCCCCCGAGGCUGUUCCUGAGACUGCUGCCGAGACCAGUGAAGCUGCUCCCGAGGGUGUAAGCCAUGAGCCUGCCGUCACAGACGGGCCUGGUGUCGCCAGCGUUCCAUCUGCCGAAACCCGUUCCACCGCUGCCACCGAGCCCGAAACCGAGUCCGAGACCGAAGCCGGUGCCAAGUCGCAGCCGCCUGUGCACCAGACCCACGAUGGCUCCGAGCUUUGAACCAACCCCCAUCUCGAAUCAGCGACG